AUGGAGUUAGAUGGUGCUGCACCAACUGGAGACCCAGUGGAGGAGCAGUGGAUCAGGAGGAUGUCGGAGCAGCAGAGCGCCCCAGAGCAGCUGGCUGCUGGGAAGAGCCAGGGUGGAGCUGGAGCCACAUAUAAGGUGUGGCUGUUUGAGUUUGAGAACUUCCAGGGCUGCAAGGCGGAGUUUUCUGCAGAGUGUAAAGAUGUGACAGAGAAGGGACUGGAGAAGGUUGGAUCUGUGAUAGUUGAGUCAGGACCCUGGGCGGGGUAUGAUCGGCAUGGGUUCACAGGGGAGCAGUUUAUUCUGGAGAAGGGCGAGUAUCCACGCUGGGACACCUGGACCAACAGUCAGAACAGCUACUCCCUUUUGUCUCUAAGGCCACUUAAAGUGGAUAGCGCUGACCACAAGCUACACCUGUACGAGAACCCUGGAUUUACUGGUAGAAAGAUGGAGAUUGUUGAUGAUGACGUGCCCAGUUUGUGGGGCCACGGUUUUCAGGAUCGUGUGGCGAGUGUCAAGGCUCUAAAUGGAACUUGGGUCGGCUACAUGUACCCAGGCUACAGGGGGCGCCAGUUUAUCUUCGAGCAAGGGGACUUCAAGCACUGGAAUGAUUGGGAGGCUCCUGCACCUCAGAUCCAGUCAGUCCGACGUGUGCGGGACAUGCAGUGGCACAAGAGGGGCUGUUUCACUGUUCCUGACCCAGCUCCGGCUCCCGGCCCCGGCCCCGGCCCAGACCCUGACCCUGCCCCAGCACCUCCUGCCCCACCUGCCACAGCUGGAGCCAGCUGAGCAGGAUCCUCCCACAGCCUCCCAACCCACACACGCUGCCGACAGUG